AUGAAUUUAGAAACCUUACUAGACUAAACUCAUCGAAAUACUAGAAGAGGCAUUGUGUUCUAGCACAGUAGAAAGGCCUUUACAAUCAAACCGGAUUCGCCUAAGACUCGAGAAGCAUGCUUAGCCUUGGGUUAUGAUCCAAAUAUAUUUUAAUUCAAGUAUCAGUUGAGCAUUUAUGUAUCAAGACAAUUAGAAGAUUUUGCUGAACCUGGCAUAUCUGAAAAUGUGUAAAAGAUGCGAUUUGAUCACUACAUGAAGAAGACAGAAGGUAAAACUAAAAUAGAUUCUAGGUGCCUUGAAGGAAAUUAGUAAGUUGAGGAAGAUAAUAAUAAAGAAAUAAAAAAAUAUUACUAAUUUGCAUUUAGAAAAGAGUUACCAGAGAGAUGAGGAGUACCUAUUUCAUUUAACAAAAGAUUGGUUAAUGAUUUAAUUGAAACUUACAACAAAAAAAUGAGUAGCAUUGAUAAAGAGGAUAAAGAUGCCUCUUAUUUAUCUUUCGAUGAAGACGAUCCAAUAUUGGUAUUAGAAUAAUAGUUGGAAAAGGAAAUUGCUAAAUAUAAGAAAUCCUUAUAAAUUAAGGCUAAAGAAGUGUAGCAUCAACUGAAUAAUGAAAAAAGAAGAUAAAAACUACAUCAUGAUAUGAUUGAAAGAGAGAAAAAAAUUGAGGAAUUAAAAUUCAAAAUAUCAGUAUAGAAGGCAAAAAAGAAAAAAGAAAUGAAGUAAGCUUCUUAAAAAAAAGUUAAUGAAAUUAAAUAAAAAGAAAGAGAAAAAUAAAUGAAAUUGCUUGAAGACAGAAAAAAAUAAGCAGAAAAAUAAGAAAAGAUGUAAAUUAUUGAAUAAUACUAGACGAAAGAAAUUAGAGUAAGACGAAAUCUCACAUAAGAAAGAGUUGGAAGAUUAAGAGAAAAAGUAUUAAGAAAGAAGAUUGCAAAUACAAUUAAGGAAAAACUUUCAAGAUAAAUAAUAUAAUUAGUAAAUGGCAUAAACUAUGACUUAAAUUCAAUAAAAAUGGGCAGAAACCUCAUUAAAUAAAGAAAAAUAAAUUUGGGAAUCCAAAUUAGAGCGUCUUACUCUUAGAAGUUCUUUGCAUGAAGAAAAGUUAAAACAAUACAAAUUAAGAACUAUGUAAAAGGAAGAAUCCUUGGUUUAGUCUAUUGUUUAAAAAUUAGCAAGCAAAGAAGAAGAUCUUAAAGGUAUUAUUACUCUAUAGCCUAGCCUUAAAAUAAUCAAAGGAGAGAGAAGAACAAAGCAAACUUAAAGAUGAAAAAUUAAGAAGGAAAAAAAUUGAAAAAAGUCUUAAGAAUAUUAAGUCCUAGUAAUUUGAUAGAGUCGAUAGUUUGUAAAAGAAAUUUCAGCUUCUUGAAGAUUACAGUCUGAAAAGAAAAGAAGAAUUAGAUUAUUAGAAAUCAUUAAAACAGGAGAGGAUGAAAUUAAAACAAUAGGAUUUAAUUGAAAAUUAUUAAAGACAAGAAAGAUUAAAGGAUUUACGAUUUAAGUCAUUGAUUAAAUCAUCUCAAUAAUUAAAUGAGCAAAAGUCUUUAGAAAAAGUUUCUAGUGAACUAAUUCGAAAAGCUCAAUAAGAGCUCCAGAGAAAACUAAAAAAAGAUUCUGAAAAUCUUGAUUAAAGUCUUGUAAAUGUAAGCUAAGCUGAUGAAAAAGUGUUAAAGUAAAAAAGCAUAUUUAUUGUAAUAGCUAAAGAGUCAGUCAACUUGAAAAAAGCUUGUCCAAUCUUAAAUAAAGUUCUAAGAUCAUACACUGA